UUCAUCUCUGCGAUGGCUACGAAGGGAGGUCACAAUUCCAGCUUGUGGAGUUUUGCAGAGGAGCACCUGACGUGUUCAAUAUGCUAUAAUCUCUUCGACACUCCAAAAACUCUCGCUUGUUUACAUAGCUUCUGCGAGAAUUGCCUUCUGCGGUGUCAUGACGGCUAUUCAGAAGAAAUCAUGUGUCCAGUGUGCCGACAAGCGGAUUCGACUACGUUUGGAGCUGUGGAAAACAUUACUACCGAUUUCAAGCUCGUGAACAUGGUGGAAUCGGUGCGGAAAGAGGAUAAGCAAGCGGCCCCAUUUUGUUCCGAACACGAUGAAAAACUCUGCAGAGUUUACUGUCAGACUUGCGAAGAGUUGUUGUGUCUGAACUGCCUGGCAGAGAGCGACGACCACCGCGAGCAUGUCUUAGAGGAAGUCAGAGAGGUGGUGGCUGGAAAAAGACAGGCUGUCAAAGACCACAUGCCGCAAUACCAGACUUUCAUGAAAGAGAUCGCGGUUGCUCUGAAUCAAACCGACACACUGGAACGAGACUUCGAAUUGGCACUAGACAGAACCAGUAAGGAGGUAGAGGAGCAAGCUGAGAAGGAGAUUGCGAAAGUGAAUGCCGCCAAGAAUAAACUCCUAGAUGAACUCCAACAAAUCCAAACCACGAGGAAAGAGCGGUUCGCCGAGAACAAACUAGAAAUCACGGGUAUGAGGAGCACUUUCAUGGGCAUUAUCGAUCGCGCAGCGGACGCCAUACAAGAAAGCAAUGACUUUGACUUCCUGAAAAGGUAUUCCAAACUGAGCAAUGACUUCCAAUACCUGACUUUCAGUAGCCUUCCAAGUAUCGAUGCCAAUGCGUCAUUCUUGAAGUUUAAGUCUGGCGACCUUGGCACAAGUUUUGGCAGUUUAUUAACAAAGCAGGAUCUGCCCAUACAUAAAACAAUCACCAAUUAUCGAGCAAAAGGGAGGCAAAGAAAAUGGCAGGGGUGGCGCUAGCUUCACAGGGCCUCUACGCAAGCACCCCUAUGGUGUGCAGAGUCAGUGUUAUUGUUAAUGCCCCUAUGAGAUUGUCGUUCGCUGGUCCGAAAAAGUAACAUGAAAAGUGCACGGGUAUGCGUGUAAACCACUGUUAAGGUAUCAGCUACUUUCUCAUAAUGUACUUGAUAUCACCUUUAAAUAGGUCAUUCAAAAUCAAUCACUAUAAUGAAUGAUUCAAUACUGCUUUUAAAACGACAUAAAUCUUUGUA